AUGAUGAUUACUCUGUGCCAGAAGCAUAGUCUAAUCCCUGUAUUGAUUUCUGUGUUCUUCUUGUUAUGGUCUCGGGUCGAGUCGAUCCGGUUCGAUUUGGAGUCGGGCCACACCAAAUGCAUAUCGGAGGACAUCAAGAGCGAUUCUAUGACUGUAGGGAAGUACCAUAUCGUAAACCCUAAUGACGGCUACCCUCUGCCCGACUCUCAUAAAAUCACUGUCCGGGUGACAUCUUCACAUGGAAAUAGCUAUCAUAAUUCGGAUCAUGUGAGUGAGGGACAUUUCGCGUUCCAAACAGUCGAGGCUGGUGACUACAUGGCUUGCUUUUAUGCGUCUGAUCACAAACCGGCGACUACCUUGACUAUUGACUUCGAUUGGAAAUCGGGUGUUGCUUCCAAGGACUGGACAAAUGUUGCCAAAAAGGGUUCUGUUGAAUUAAUGGAACUGGAACUGAAGAAAAUGUUCGAUACAGUGCAAUCCAUUCACGACGAGAUGUUUUAUCUUCGUGAAAGGGAGGAGGAGAUGCAGGAGCUAAACCGAUCGACUAACUCCAAAAUGUUUUGGUUCAGUUUUCUAUCUAUUCUCGUUUGCCUCUCGGUUGCUGGACUUCAACUAUGGCAUUUGAAGUCCUUCUUUGAGAAGAAGAAGCUUAUUUAA